GAGAGCGAGAGAGCUAGAAAAACAUUUCAUUCAGUUUGUUCUCCAACCAAAUGGAUAGAGUUUGCAUUGUACUUUACAAAGCUAAUACGUAUGUGCACAAUUGUGCACUUGCACGUAGUCGCAUGGGAACGAGUGCAUAAUGAAUUAUGAAUAAAGACAUAGCGAGAGCAAUGUGAAAACGCCAUACUUUAACGAUGUUUGAAAUACUAUAACUGUUAAUCCAGAUGUUAAUCUAUGAAUUUAGGCGUUUUUAACCGUGUUAAUCUUAAGGACAUAGGGGACAACAUGUACUCAGAGUGGGCAUCUCUGAGUAUACUGAUUCAAGAAGGAUUAGAAGAUAGCCAAAGUGUACUUGAAAAGUUUGCUCCUGGUGUUGGUAGAGAAGUAACAUUGUCAAUUGUGCGUCAACUGGCAACAAAUCUUGGGAUUGCUCAAGCAGCUGAACCAAGUCCUUUGAUUACUGAUAAGGAAGUGCAGUGGUGCAUGGAAGUAAUUUGUUUUGGACUCUCAUUGCCUUUAAUAGAGCACGAUACUAUUAGAGACUGUGUUAAUGUCUAUUGCGAAUGGCUUUCAGCAUUAUAUACAUCGCCUAAAAUAUCGGUACCCAAACCGAUAACCGAUGAUCCAAAUUACUAUGCACGAAAAAUUAUCAGUCACUUUCAUAAUCUUUUUGUACCAAGAAAGGGGGAAGCAGCAGAUACAAUCAAUAAACAAGCAGUAUUAUGUCACAGAGUUUUACGAACGCUACAGCAAGUUUCUAGAAGCUGUGCUACGUUAGAAAGAGAUACGUGGGAAUGUUUACUUUUAUUUCUCAUUGGUAUCAACGAUGCUCUUUUAGCACCACCAGCUAUUAGGGAAGACACUGGCGAGCAGCUAUGCGAAAGAGUAUUAGGAGUACUUUUAGAGUUAUUUAUUUACUAA